AUGACUACCUCCAAAACCAGAGCGGUCGUUCUAUUCAUAAUAACUCUAGUUGCGUCUUGCAACGCGGCCGAUACCGCCAAAUCGCAACCGCUAGCACCGGCGAUCCUAAUCUUCGGAGACUCAACCGCGGACACGGGAAACAAUAAUUACCACCCAAAUGCCAACUUCAAGGCAAAUCGUAUCCCUUACGGAGUCGAUCUCCAAGGGAAAGCAGCGAGUGGGAGAUUCUCAAAUGGAAAGCUCUACUGCGAAAUUAUCGCCUCCAGGCUUCACAUCAAAGAGUUAGUUCCUCCUUUUCUCCAACCAAACCUCUCUGACGCAGAAAUCGUCACCGGGGUUAGCUUUGCAUCCGCUGGUUCAGGCUAUGACGACCGAACUAUGCUCACCACAAAGGCCAUCCCGGUCUCAUACCAACCUACCAUGUUCAAGAAUUACAUUUCUCGUCUCAAAGGUAUCGUGGGAGAGAAGAAAGCGAUGGAGAUCAUAAAUGGUGCGAUCGUGAUCGUUAGUGCAGGUACUAACGAUUUCACCUUGAACUAUUAUGAUCUUCCCACAAGGCGUCUCGACUAUCCUAAGAUCUCUGAUUACCAGAAUUUCCUUCUCAAGAGAUUAGAGAACUUCGUCAAGGAGAUUUACAAUUUAGGGUGCAGAAAAAUGUCGGUGGGUGGGUUGUCACCGGUGGGUUGCUUGCCGGUCCAAAUGACCACAAAACUCCGCAGUGGAAAAUUCAGAAAAUGCGUAGAAAGAGAGAACAGAGACGCACUCUUGUACAAUGAAAAGCUUCAAAAGCUACUGCCUGCUAUUGAAGCGUCUCUCCCAGGAAGCAAGAUCGUAUACUCAAAUAUCUAUGAUCCCACGAUGGACAUGAUCAAGAACCCUACUAAAUACGGUAUGUUUACUUUGCUUCUUCCUCAAGCCAUCUCCAUAGUGUCUUGACUUCUUGGACAUUUAUUCACGUAUAGGGUUUAAGGAAACGAAGAAAGGGUGUUGCGGAACAGGGUACAUUGAGACGGGUGACUUGUGCGAUUCACGUUCUAAGUUAUGUUCGAAUCGCUCGGAGUAUAUGUUCUUUGACUCUAUUCACCCUUCCUUCGCCACCUACAAUCACCUCUUUGCUGCUACCUACCCUACCAUAUCCAAGCUUCUUGACUAAUGCCUAAAACUCUUAACAUAUAUAUUGGUUAUG